AGGUCACGUGUUGCGCCCCAGAUACUGUCUACGUUGCGGGAAGGGAAGUUAGCCCAGAGGCUGUCCCAGCUGCUAAAUCGAGGUUGCGGCUAGUUUGGAGCCGGUGGAGGCCCUAGCGGCGCUCCAGGAAGAUGCUACCAAGUACUUCAGUGAAUUCCCCAGUGCAGGGGAAUGGAGUGUUGAAUUCCAGAGAUGCAGCAAGACACACAGCAGGAGCAAAGCGCUACAAAUAUUUGAGAAGGCUUUUUCGUUUUCGGCAAAUGGAUUUUGAGUUUGCAGCAUGGCAGAUGCUCUACCUGUUCACUUCCCCACAGAAGGUUUAUAGAAACUUUCAUUAUCGAAAGCAGACAAAAGAUCAGUGGGCCAGAGAUGAUCCAGCUUUCUUGGUCCUGUUAAGUAUCUGGCUAUGUGUGUCUACUGUAGGAUUUGGCUUUGUGCUGGACAUGGGAUUUUUUAAGAUGAUAAAGCUUCUCCUUUGGGUUGUAUUCAUAGAUUGUGUGGGUGUUGGUCUUCUCAUCUCAACUCUAAUGUGGUUUAUCUCUAACAAGUACUUAGUGAAACGACAGAGCAGAGACUAUGAUGUGGAGUGGGGCUAUGCCUUCGAUGUGCAUUUGAAUGCUUUUUAUCCUCUCCUAGUCAUUCUGCAUUUUAUCCAACUUUUUUUCAUCAACCAUGUCAUACUAACAGACACAUUUAUUGGAUAUUUGGUUGGAAAUACGUUAUGGCUGAUUGCAGUUGGCUAUUACAUCUAUGUAACCUUCCUAGGAUACAGUGCAUUGCCAUUUUUGAAAAAUACAGUAAUUCUUCUCUAUCCAUUUGCACCUCUCAUUCUGCUCUACGGGCUGUCACUAGCGCUCGGAUGGAACUUCACCCACACACUGUGUUCCUUCUACAAGUACAGAGUAAAAUGAAAAAAAAAGUGAGACUAUUGUAUCUUAACUGUGUCUACAGUAUUGGUGAAGUGAUUUCUUAUGAAACUUGUAAGUAAACUCAUUGUAGAUAUCUUAAAGGUGUAAAGUUUGUGAAUUUAAGGAAAUAUAUAUGUUAACAUUAUUGUCAAAUACAUUCCUUAAAACUAAUUAAAUGUACAUUUCUAUAAUAAAUAUUUUUUAA